UCAGCCCCGGCCCCCGCAGGCUGGAUCCUGAUCGAUCGGAACGGGCGCCACUUCGGCACGAUCCUGAACUACCUGAGGGACGGGGCGGUGCCGCUGCCUGCAUCGCAGCGGGAGCUGGAGGAGGUGCUGUGCGAGGCGCGCUACUACCUCAUCCAGGGGCUGGUGGAGGACUGCCAGCUGGCCCUGCAGCACAAGAAUGAGGCCUACGACCCCCUGUGCCUGAUCCCCAUGGUGACGUCCCCCAAGGAAGAGCAGCAGAUCAUCUCCAGCUGCUCCAAGCCGGUGGUGAAAUUGCUGCAUAACCGGAGCAACAACAAGUAUUCGUACACCAGCAACUCAGACGACAACCUGCUGAAGAACAUCGAGCUGUUUGACAAGCUGGCGCUGCGCUUCAACGGGCGCGUGCUCUUCGUCAAGGACGUGCUGGGCGACGAGAUCUGCUGCUGGUCCUUCUACGGGCAGGGCCGCAAGAUCGCCGAGGUCUGCUGUACCUCCAUCGUCUAUGCCACCGAAAAGAAGCAGACCAAGGUGGAGUUCCCCGAGGCGCGAAUCUUCGAGGAAACGCUGAACAUCUUGAUCUACGAGACGCCCCAGCCCGACAAUGGGGACGUCACCGUCACCGACCUGCACCCGGGUGGCUCCGCCACCUUUAAGUGUGCACCUGGCUUCCGGCUGCAGGGCGCCGAGACCCUCGUCUGCCUCAACGUGUCGCGGCCGCGCUGGAGCGGGCCCAGCCCCCUCGCCUCGCUGCUGGGCUGCGCCUCCCCCAGCCAGCCCGACAAUGGGGACGUCACCGUCACCGACCUGCACCCGGGUGGCUCCGCCACCUUUAAGUGUGCACCUGGCUUCCGGCUGCAGGGCGCCGAGACCCUCGUCUGCCUCAACGUGUCGCGGCCGCGCUGGAGCGGGCCCAGCCCCCUCUGCCUGGCCUGA